AUGGAGGCGAGAACCCGACUGCGGCCCAAAAGGCAAAAUCUCUGCUCGGCGCCUGUGGAACUAAUGGAGGAAUGGUGGGCGUUAAGAUUAAUGCGACGAACCCGGCUUAUCAUAGUAAGGAGGAGUUCAAGGCCACGGGGAAUGAGCCCGGUGGGAUCUUGGUCAAGAUUGUGA